AUGCGUACUUCAACCUUCUUCUUGAUCUGCUUUCAGGCUUUACUCAUUCAGAAUGCCUACAGUCAACUGAUGAACUAUGGGUUUUUGGGUGACACUGGCGUCGAUUUUGCUGCCAUUGCUGCCAGCAGUGGUUUGGCUGGACUCAAUGGAUACUUUGAAAAUGGUGGCCUUAUUAACAACGGCCUUGGCGUGAACACACUUGGCCUUGGUGGUCUUGGUGUUAACACACUUGGCCUUGGUGGUCUUGGCGUUAAUAACCUUGGGUUUGGCCUUGGAAAUGCUGGUUUAACUGCAGCUGGAUUGGAGAAUGUUGGCGUGGCUGGUCUUGGAGUUGGCAAUAUCGGACUUGGUCUUAGUAACGCCGGCUUGGCUGUAGGUGGAUUGAACAAUGCUGGCUUAGGGGUUGCCGGGCUCGGAUAUGGCGCUGGUCUCGGAGUACAAAACGUAGCUGCUACGUCCCAGGUGCCCGUUACCGGCCCGUUCACUGCUACUGGCAACGCUGAACUCGUGGUCGGAGGUGAUUUUGGCGUCGGCGGUCAAGCCGUAGUCGGCGGACAGAUCCCAGUGCUCGGUGCUGUUGGCUUCUCUGGUGCGAUACCCGCCAGUGGCGUCGUCUCUAUCGCUGGAAACUGCGGCUGCUCGACCAUACCCUUGUAA